AUAGUUAAAUGUGGAAGCACCGUGGAGUGAAUGACGCGUAAUCGUAACCCAGGUGGCUAAGUCACCACCCCCUUCACUUCACCUUCGUAGGUACAAUCCUUCUUUCAAUUCUCAAUUAUCAAUUUCAAUUCCUCGCACACUCUUCCUCUUCCAAUUACCAAACCCCUAUCAAUCAAUCAACACAAACAGAGGGGAUCAUGGUUCCACCGGCGGUUCAAUCGCCGAACCCACAAGAAACCCAACAAUUCCUAAGCUCCGUUCUCUCCCAACGCGGUCCAUCAGCAGUACCCUACUCCGAAGACACUAAAUGGCUCAUCCGUCAACACUUACUCACUCUUAUCACAACCUUCCCUUCUCUCGAACCCAAAACCGCUACUUUCACUCACAACGACGGUCGCACCGUCAAUCUCCUCCAAGCCGACGGUACUAUUCCGAUGACCUACCAAUCCGUCACUUACAACAUCCCCGUCGUCAUUUGGCUCAUGGAAUCUUACCCUCGUCACCCUCCUUGUGUUUAUGUUAACCCUACCCGAGACAUGAUUAUUAAACGCCCUCACCCUCAUGUUAACCCUUCUGGUUUAGUUUCUGUCCCUUAUUUGCAUAAUUGGAUCUACCCUAGUUCCAAUUUAGUUGAUCUUGUUCUUUCUUUGAGUCUCAUCUUUGGUCGCGACCCUCCUCUUUAUUCCCAACGUAGACCUAACCCUAACCCUAAUCCCAAUCCCAAUUCCAUUUCCAAUCUUCAUCAUAGUCAUAGUCAUAAUCAUAAUCCUAAUCAAAAUCUCAAUCCAAGUUCUAAUUUUGCAGCUUCUAAUCCAUCUGGAUAUACUCACCCUCCUAGAAGUUACCCUCCUUCGCCUUAUUCUCCUUCUCCUCCGCCAUCUCGGCCUUCUCAUACGGAGGAUCCAACUGAGGUUUUCAGGAGGAAUGCUAUUAACAAGCUUGUGGAGAUGGUGCAUAAUGAUGUUGCGUCGUUGAGGAAGACUACCGAGGUUGAAACGGAGGGUUUGUUUGGUGUGCAAGGGGUUUUGAAGCAGCGUGAGGAGGGUCUUAAUAAAGGUGUGAAGGAAAUGCAAGAGGAGAUGGAGGGUUUGGAACAACAACUUCAGAUGGUUUUGAUGAAUACUGAUGUUUUGGAGGGUUGGUUGAAGGAUAAUCAAGGGAAGAAAUUGGGUAGUUUGGAGAAUGUUGAGGAUGCUUUUGAGUGUGUGGAUGUUCUUUCGAAACAGAUGCUUGAUUGUACUGCUGCUGAUUUGGCUAUUGAAGAUACUCUUUAUGCUUUGGAUAAGGGAGUUCAAGUCGGGGCUGUACCAUUUGAUCAGUACUUGAGGAGUGUGAGGGUGCUGUCAAGGGAGCAGUUCUUUCACCGAGCUAUCGCUGCUAAAGUUAGAGCUGCUCAGUUGCAGGCUCAGGUUGCUAAUAUGGCUGCUCGGAAUCAUCAUUAUGGUGGUAGCUGAGGAGACAUGGCUAGGUUUGUUUCUAAAGAUGGUGUUAUCCUUCAUUUGUUGGUACUGUUUGGUACAUAUUAGAUUGCUAUUUGUUUCUUGAAUUAUAAGUCAUUGACUUAUAAGUCACUGUUUCUUGGCCAAUAGCAUAAAUUGGCAGUUCCUUAUGCCUUGAACAACUUUGAGACUGUUAAGGCGUGGGUCUGUACUGUUGUUCGUUCUUAUACAGAUUUAAUGAUAUGAUUUUCUUGCAAAUUUUGGUUUAAGGAGUUUUUUAGCUUCAGUUUUUUCAUUAUUUAGAUGUAUACUUUAUAAACAUGCUAUGGAUCACAUGUUUGUCCCACGUUGUAUAUUUUUAAAAACAAUCAUUGGGUAUAUUUGGAUGGGUACAUAUAU